AUAUAUUUAUAUAAAAGCAUACCAAAAAAAGAAAGAAAAAAAUAAAGCAGAAAAGAAAAGAAAAGAAAAGAAAAGAAGGAGGCCAUCCCCACUCCCUCUCUUUUUUCCCUACUCUUCUCUUUUCAUCUCUCUCUCUCUCUCUCUCUCUCUCUCGCUUUACCAUCUUAAUUAACUCUUUUCCAAUGGCACUACCAGCCUUAAAACUUCCAUUGUUCUUCCUCUCCUUACUCUUAACCACCUUCUCGGUCGCUGAAGGAGCAAGCUGGUGCGUGGCCAGGAGUGAUGCAAGCAACCAAGCUCUUCAAACCGCACUCGACUAUGCAUGCGCCUCUGGAGCUGACUGCACCCCUCUACAGUCAGAUGGGCUUUGUUUCCUUCCCAACACCAUCCAAGCUCAUGCUUCUUAUGCUUUCAAUAGUUACUAUCAACGUAGAGCAAUAGCUCCUGGUUCCUGUGACUUUGCUGGCACUGCCACUGUUGCCAAAACUGAUCCCAGUUAUGGAUCUUGUAUGUACCCAUCUUCUCUAAGCACGGCCGGAGGGCUACCUACCCCAACAACACCAACAACAGUGACAAAUAAUCCAACUGCACCAACAACUACGACGACUGCACCACUCGGUGGAGCUGAUGGUAGUAACGGACUAAAUAACCCUGGACUGACUCCUCCAUUUCCGACAACAGAUGAAUCUAGAGCUUCAUUUGAUUGUAUGGUCAAUACAAGCUCAAUGUCCCUCAUGCUCUUAGUUGUUCUGUCCUUUAUUUUGCACCCGGUAUGGAUCUUUUAAACCUAGAGGCAUGACCCAAUGACGGGGAAGAGGCGUUUUUGUUAGAAGUUAGAGCCUUCUUUCUAGCUUUACGGAAGAACAACAACAACGAUAAUUUUGAUCAUUUAGUUCUAUUUACUUAUCAAAGACAUUAUUCGGGUUUGGGUUGGUUGAUGGAAGGAUCUCUCCUCUAGCAUAAUGAGGUAGAGCUAGCACUAGGAAGAUCUCUAUUAGAUAUCCAACCUUCUUACCUCGCACAAAUUCAAUUCAAUAUUUUAAUUGCUAUUGUUGAACCUUCCUGGAGUAUAUAUAUAUAUGAGAAGUGUAAACAAACAGCUAUUCGUCUGUGGA